CAAUUAUAUUUCAUAAACUUUCAUCUUCAUUACAGUUAAAUUUCAGUUAAAAAAUGUUAACAAACAAACCCGACUAUUUUUUACUGAACCCUAGUCUAUUCGAAAAAAGAACUAUUUUAGACAUAUAUGAUGAAGAAUUUUUUACGAAUUUGAAAUUGGCCAAAAAUAUGAUACAGGAUAUGACAAAUGACAUAGACAAGGGUAUAUGUAGAAAAUGGAUGGCACGCCUUUGUAGCAUGAAGUCGAGCGAUCCCGUAGUAAAAAAGAACCGUAACGAAUUCUUCCAGUAUCUGCUCCAAAUGAUGAAACUGUAUGCCGAAAGAGAAAAGGUUAAUGUUCCUAAAGGUGAAGAAACAGAGGCGGCCGUAAAGGAUAAGUGCUCAUGUAGGAAGGACUAUAUGGCCAAAUGGUCCCCAGAUAGAAGGACAUAUAUUGCAAUGAAGCCUUUGCCGGGAAAAGGCGCGCUUAUUUAUAUGGCAGUGACAAAGGACCCUUCUUUGGGUUGGGAGCACUCUUGAUAUGUUGAACAAGAUCACCACUUAAUUGAAAAAUGUUCAGUUAGUAUGUAUUAAUCAGAAGAAAAAAUUAAUGCACCAUCAAUCAAAAACUGAAAUUCUAAACUGUUCAUUUUAUAAAUAAUCUUUCAAAAACAAUUUUAUUUUGA